AUGUCAGAAGGAACCUCUUCAGGCACUCAGUAUAGUCUUGAAAAUCAACAGCAGCAAUCAUCACCACCUCAGAAAACGCCGGCGGCCUUUCAACCUUUCACAACGGCUCCACAAGCCACAAAUUGUCAUCAAAUACCUCAAGGUGCCACUUAUGCUUAUGUUCCAAACACCGUCGGAGGACCAGUUUCUCAGCCGGCACCUGGCGCAAAGCCUAAAAGAAAACAAGUUAAAAAUGCUUGUGAAAGUGCAACCAGCUCUGAUGCAAAUAGAUCUCCUGGCCCAGAAGCAAUAACUCCUGUCACUGCCUCAAUAAUGCUUCCGGUCAUUCCUCCUAGUGAUCCUAACGCUCCGCCCGUAAAUCCCAAUCCCAUACCCAUACCGGUCACUUUACAAUUACCCAAUUUCCAACCACAAACUGUGGCGAUGCAACCGAAUACUCAAAAUGCUGCCAUUCCCUCAAAUAUAGGGCAAUUUGUGAUGAUUCCUGCGACGACAGGGACAACUUCUUAUUAUGUCCUCGUUCCACCAUCCUAUCUUCAACAACAGCAACCACUGCCACCGCCACUACCCUCCACUAACAAAACAACACCAUCGCAAGGUUGGCAGUCAUUGUCUCAGACCGAGAAUGUAUCCAAAACAAAAGUAGAACAAUCGAAACAAGCCAAUACCGAGGUUUUGGUGGCACCUACCAAGACCAUUGCUAAAUCUUCGGAUUGCAAGUGUGAUACAACUUCUGGUGGUGAGAAGGAAAAUGAGGGCGCAAAUUUAUCGGUACUUUCUCAGGUUUGCAGUGAUAUGUUGGACAAAUCCCAGGAUGAUUCCAAACAAAGUGAUGAUGAGUUAAAGGACAAGCCACCUCCUGCUAACAGUGAAGUAGCAACGAACGUUAAGUUAUCACCACCUCGAGUAUCAGACGGAAAUACCCCUAACGAUGGUCCCAAAGUUCAAAACGACGGGCCGGCUCUUGAUGAAGAAAAGGGAAAACACCCAUCUGUGAUGACCAAAGAAAUUCCUGUGAAUGGGGAGAAUGAGAUAUCGGAUGGCAAAAAAUAUUCCUCAUGCAUAUCAAACACUGAUAAAGAACAAGUCAAUUUUAGCGGUGUCAACUCGAAAUCGCCGCAACAAAUGCAAUCGUCGACAAGUACCACGAAUGACGAUGGACUUGUCCCCAUCAACAGAACUGAACGGGAGUAUCAGACGAGUCCACAGUCUCCACCGACUUUCACACUGCGAACAGCAGUUGAUAGUCCCUUGGUCUUUUCAAUCCCACCAAAUACCUAUCCUGUCUCAAUUAAGCAAGAAGGAUCGUCAUUUAACGAUGUUAAUUCUACAACGGAUUAUAAAAAACGUGUAAGGCAUCCGCUUGGCGAAGGUCAAACUCAACUUCAACUGGAAUCACAGCAAAUUAACGCUUUCGCACAACAUCAAACACAACCUUAUUAUCACCACCCGGAAGUCCAGGCUUUUCCGAGAGUUCACGAGCAACUUCCGAGAAAUUCAGAACCAUUCAAUUGUCAAAAUCCAUUGUAUACAAGAUAUGUGAAUACAACAACAGCUUAUUCUUACGUUUUCCAUCACAACAUUGCCUCUGAAUCUAACAAUGGUUCCGACGCCUCUUUGCAGGGAAAGCAAAAUUUCACAAAUUACGGGGAUUUGAUGAAGAAUGCUUGA